AUGGAGCCGAAUGGCAGCUUUGCGGAAUCCAGUCCUCUCCCUCCUAUCAAUCCCUCCAAGUUCUAUACAGCUUUCCUCCCUCGAGGCCUUAAACUGCUGAGACGAAUUGCACCUCAUCUUAACCCAAAUGUGCUGCAGAUCAGCUCACAAUAUAUUUUGAAACCCAGCGAUUCAUCACAAGCUCUCGAAGAAGCACAUACGAUAGAUUUCGUUUCGAAGCACACCACCGUUCCUGUCCCAGGGAUUAUCACCGCGUUUCAGGCCAAGAAUGGAGAAAGCUUUCUAUUGAUGAAAAGAUGCCCAGGAAUUCCUCUUGGGGAGUUUUUCUUUGAUCUUACCUACGAAGAAAAGCAGAAUGUGGUACAUCAACUGCGAUGCUACAUGGAACAACUCCGCGCUUUGGAUCCUCCACAGCCUGGGAAAAUAGGAAGCACGCUGUAUAGGCCUCUGAAUGAUUUCCGCAUUGCCAAUACGCCUCAAGGACCGUUCGACAGCGUGGAAGAUUUCCACGAUUUCUUGCGACAUGGUGGCCAAUAUCCCACUGGAAAUCGAGAGUUGGAUGCAUUAAUUGUCGCCCAGGAUAGCAGAGACUAUGACAUCAAUUUCACACAUGGUGAUUUCGGGCUGCGCCAUGUCUUCUACCAUGGCGGGAAGAUAACAGGCAUCAUCGACUGGGAGUUUGCCGGUUGGUUUCCUGAUUAUUGGGAGUAUGCAAUGGCUGGUUAUUCAGUUUGGAGUUUUGUGAGUAUUGAAGACUAUCUUCAUAUGAUCAUGGAUCCUUUUCCAGAUGAGUUGCAGAUGGAGCGGUUGAGAUGGGUUCUUUUCGCCAUUGUUUGA